AUGACAAAUAGCAUCAAUGACAUUAAUCUUGAAAACAACUCCUUUCCUCCUGAUGAGAAUGAAGAUAGCUCUUUUCCUUCUAGCCAAAUCAACAAUAGUUCUUUCCCUUCAAAAUAUGGAUCUUCGCCUCUUGAUGAAAGUAGUGAUGAUUAUGACAAUGACAAUAAUGGAAAUCAGAUUACUAAAAGACCAAGAUCAGUAGCUGACAGCACAUUGCAUGAUUUUUAUGAUAAAAUUAAUUUACCAUUAGGCAAAAAAGAAAUUGAUCAGUUGUUAAAUCAGCUUAAUGGUGGACAUCAACCUUCUUCAUUUGAUGUUUCAUCUGCAAAUCUCUUAAAUAUUGAAGUCGACAGUAUUAAUUUAAAGAUUGGAAAAUUACAUGCAUUAAGCCUUGAUGUGUGGGGUAGCCCCAAUGGUCUGUCCAUUUGGAAUUUUGUCGUUACAACUUCUGAUAAAAAAGAGUAUUUGUAUAAGUUAGAAGAUUUGUCUUCCGAAAGACAUACAGCAGAAAUUAUCACAGAAAAAAUUGAAAAUGUGAUGAUCAAGAUUGGACCACAAAGAAUUGUUGCACUUUUAUCAGAUUCAGGCGCCAAU